AUGGGUUCCGACAGCAUAGACAUCGUUGCUGAGGAGCAUGGUGCUUCGCAGGAGAAGCCACAGGCACCAACUGUGGACGAGAGAAAGCUGGUCCGCAAGAUCGAUCUUCACUUGGUCCCGCUGGUGAUGGGCUUGUAUCUUUUCAGUUUCAUUGACAGAGUCAAUAUCGGUAAUGCCAGGCUGUACCAUUUCGAAAGCGACUUGAAUCUCUCCUCGACCCAGUUCCAGACGGCGAUUUCCAUCUUCUACGUCACAUAUAUUCUGUGUGAAGUCCCAUCCAACCUCGUCCUGAAAUACUUUACCCCGCGCCUGUGGAUCUCGUUCCUGGCCUUCAGCUGGGGCAUCGUCGCCACCCUGUCCGGGCUCGUCAACUCCUACGGUGCCCUCAUUGCCUGCCGUCUCCUUAUGGGCGUGCUAGAGGCUGGUCUCUUCCCUGGAUUGGCUGUUUACCUGACCUUCUUCUAUACGAAGCACGAGUUGGCGCGGCGAGUGGGUUACCUGUUUGUCAGUGCCGCCAUUGGUGGUGGCCUGGGCGGUCUGCUGGCCUUUGGCAUUGGACACAUGGACGGUGUGAGGGACAUGAGCGGUUGGCGAUGGAUUUUCAUCGUUGAGGGUCUGCCAAGUGUUCUUCUCGGCAUCGCCACGUAUCUCUGGCUGCCCAACGAUGCACAGACGGCGUAUUUCCUGACAGAUGAGGAAAAGGUGGUUAUGAAGGUUAGAGAAGGGCGAGACUACGGCAACACGGCAUCAAGCAAAGAGUUCAGCAAGGCCGACAUGAUGAAGGCCUUUACGGAUUGGAAAGUAUGGGCGUUUUGUGUAGGGCAAUUUGGCUCUGACACUAUGCUUUACGGGUACUCGACCUUUUUACCAACAAUCAUCAAUGAUUUGGGGACAUGGACUACGUCCCAGGUACAAUUGCUUACGAUACCCUGCUACUUCCUCGGGGCGGCAAUGUACAUGGGAGUAGCAACAGCAUCUGACCGGUUCCAACGCCGUGGAGUGUUCUGCAUCAUCUUUGGCCUGCUCAGCAUUGUUGGAUAUGUGAUUCUACUAACUGACGCUCCGACAGCUGCUCACUAUGUAGCAUGCUUCCUAGUGGCGUCGGGGGUUUACAUUCUCGUUGGACUGCCACUUGCAUGGCUUCCAAACAAUUCGCCCCGGUAUGGUAAGCGCACCACUGCCACAGGAAUGCAACUGACCAUUGGCAACUCCGCCGGGAUUCUGUCAUCGUUUAUCUAUCCUAAAGGAGACGCCCCACGAUACACUCAAGGCCACGCUUUGACCCUGGCUCUGGUGGGCAUGAGCACGUGCAUCUUUGCAUUCCUGUGGUUCUGGUACGCAAGAGAGAACCGCCGCCGUAGAGAGGCCGACACGUUGGCUGGGGAGCACGCCGGGCUGACGGAGGAGCAGCUACAAGAGCUUGGUGACGAAAGUCCACGAUUUGUAUACACAAUUUAA